AUGAGUUGGUUCAACUCUGUUAUUCAAUCUGCGAAAGAAAAGUCUCUUCAUGCACUCGAAUUUGUCAAAAACGAUAUUAAUGAGUUUACAACAACUGUUAAAUCGGACACAGAAAAAUAUGUAUCACAAGCGACAACUGUUGUUAAAAAUCAACAAGUUGGUGAUCUUGGCUUGAAGAAAAUUGUUAAUCGUUUAAGUGAUGUUGUUCAAAAUACCAAUUUAUUAAAUAAGACGAAUACGACUGAUUUAUCCUCAACACCUGAUCGUGUACAAAUCGAAUUAAAUAAAAUUCAAACUGAUGAGACAGUUUACUUGAACGAUCCUGUACCGUAUGAUUUAUAUGAACAAUGGAAAUCUAAUUUAGCAUCUAAUUCUGACAUUGAUUCGAAAAAAGGGGAAAUAUCUCAAUUAUUAAUUGAUAAUCCUACUAUAAGGUCAAUCUACAGUAGACUGGUACCAGCUAAAACUACACACACAGAUUUUUGGAUGCGUUAUUUUUAUCGUGUUUAUCAAAUAGAAGAAGAUGAAAUAAGACGUUUAAAUAAUUUGAAACGUGCACAACAAAUGAUUAAUGGCGACAAUCGAAACGAUGAAGCUGACUGGGAUGAAGAAGAAGAUUGGUCGCCCGCUUCUAUCCUCGGAAAUACUUCUGUAGUUAAAUCAAAAUCCACAACCGAUUCUGUGCCCCAAUCAUCCCUAAUCAUACCGAUGGCGAAUGUUGACAGAGAGGAACACGGUGAGUCUGCUCAGCAGACGUCUAAUACACAAAUAUCUGAUAUAGUCAUCACAGAAGAGAUAAGAGAACAAGAGCCAGUGGUAUCAACAGUUGAAAUUCACGAGGAAAAUAUUUCUAAACAACAAACAGAUAUUCCAUCCCCUAUAAUAUCAACAAUCGAGCAACCCCAGAUCGAUAUAGAAACCACAAAACAAGAAGAAAAUAAAAUAGAUGAACAUAUUCCAUUAGAAUCAGUGAAAAAGAAGGAUAGUGAUACGAGUGAUUCAUGGCAGCAAGAAUUUUUAGAUGAAUUAUUGUCAACUACGGAGGAUAAUACAGAGUCAGAACAAAAAUUAGAUGAAGUGUUGACUAGGAGAGAUCAGCCAUUAGCUCAGGAAAGUGAAACAUCGCCACAAAUAGUAUCAAUCACUACAGAUGAAUCAACAGUUAAAAAAUCACGUUCGAAAACCAAAGAUGAUUUUGAUGUUGAAGGUGAUGAAUGGGAAAAUUGGGCAUAA